UGACAGACAUAUGAACACAAGAAGAAGAAAAAAAAAAAAAAAAACCUGAUAGUGCUCCAUACAAAUGAAUCACCCAGUUAGAAAUUCAAAUAAAAUCAACAAGUGAUGCUGGUGGUGUUGAUGUUAGAUCUGGCGACCAUAAAUGCGACCCUCUCAUUUAUAUAUCUCACAUUCUAAUUAUAAAAAGAAGGAGAUGAAAUCACAAACCACAACAACGUCACAAUUACAGUCACGACAACAGAAAGCUGUUGCUUUUGCUGGGAUUUUGUUGAUUUUUAUUCCCAAUUUAUGGCCAAAUCUCUUUCAUCCUUUCUCCCGUUCCUAUCCUUCAUUAUUCUCGGAGUGGAUUGCUCCGACUGCAAAGCACAUUCGUCUAUUAGAGGGUGCUUCACUUGAGCAAAGUUCUGAGACACAAGAAUCGGAUAUUUGGUCUCCAUUACCUUACCAAGGAUGGAAACCUUGUCUCGACUCCCCUAGUGUUUCAUUCAAUCCAGAGAAAUCAUGGGGGUAUAUUCAGGUGUUUCUAGAUGGUGGAUUGAACCAGCAAAGAAUGGGGAUUUGUGAUGCAGUUGCUGUUGCUAAAAUCUUAAAUGCGACUCUAGUAAUCCCAUACCUUGAAGUAAAUCCUGUCUGGAAAGAUCCAAGUUCUUUCAGUGAUAUAUUUGAUGUUGAUCACUUUAUUGAGGUGUUGCAAAAUGAAGUCUCCAUAGUUAAAGAGCUUCCCAGCAUGUACUCAUGGAGCACAAGGGAGUACUAUGGCACAGGCAUACGAGCUACUAGAAUCAAGACGGCACCUGUACAUGCUUCUGCUAACUGGUAUCUGGAAAAUGUGCUGCCAAUGCUCUAUAGUCAUGGGGUAGCUGCUAUAGCGCCAUUCUCGCAUCGUUUGGCUUUUGAUAACUUACCCAAGGAGAUCCAAUAUCUUCGAUGCAAGGUUAACUUUCAAGCAUUACUUUUCGUUCCCCACAUCAGGAGACUAGGUGACACCCUUGUCCAACGUCUUCGAACUUCUCCUGGCAUGAUAAGCGGAACAAAGGAUGAAACAGGAACUGGAAAGUUUAUCGUUUUACAUCUUCGCUUUGACAAAGAUAUGGCUGCCCAUUCAGCUUGUGAUUUUGGUGGUGGAAAAGCGGAGAAGUUGGCUCUUGCAAAGUACCGCCAAGUGAUUUGGCAGGGGCGAGUCAUGAAAACUCAGUUCACUAAUGAGGAGUUAAGACAUCAGGGACGAUGUCCAUUAACUCCUGAAGAGAUUGGUCUGCUACUGAGAGCUUUGGGGUUCAACAACGAUACACGGCUUUAUCUCGCAUCUCACAAGGUUUAUGGUGGAGAAGCAAGGAUUUCUACUCUGCGUAAACUGUUUCCACUUAUGGAGGAUAAAAAAAGCCUUGCCUCUGAUAGAGAACGAGCUGAAGUUGAAGGAAAGGCAUCAUUGUUAGCUGCUGUUGAUUAUUAUGUCAGUAUGCACACUGAUAUUUUCAUAUCUGCUUCCCCGGGCAACAUGCACAAUGCAAUGCUAGGGUAUCGAGCUUACAGGAACAUGAAGACUAUCAGACCGAAUAUGGUGCUCUUGAGCCAACUAUUUCUAAACGAAACGAUGGAGUGGCAGGAGUUUCAGCAGUCUGUACAAAAUGGACAUAAGAACAGACAAGGGCAAAUUAGGUUAAGAAAGGAGACUCAAUCUAUAUAUACCUAUCCCAUUCCUGACUGCAUGUGUCAACAACACUAGUCGUUCUUUAUUAACAGGGUUAGACUAGUAUACUGUAGUUAACUUGAUAUGUGUUCCUUUUUGCCGGUGUAAAUGAAUGCAGAUUACAGUGAGGAAAAAUAUAUGUAAUUUUGCUUUGUUCUUCUCA